GAAACAGACGUGGAGACCAACAAAGGCCGAGGCUGAGGCCUUUCUCGCUCCCCGCUGGCCCCACUCGUCUGACCGACCCAUCGACCCCUGACCCCUAAUCCGCCCUGACUGUCCCGAGAUGCUGAAGCCAGCGCUGGAGCCCCGUGGAGGCUUCUCCUUCGAGAACUGCCAGAGAAACGCAUCCUUGGAACGCGUCCUCCCGGGGCUUCGAGUCCCUCAUGCACGCAAGACCGGGACCACCAUCGCGGGCCUUGUAUUCCGAGACGGGGUCAUCCUGGGCGCGGAUACGCGGGCCACUAACGAUUCGGUUGUGGCGGACAAGAGCUGCGAGAAGAUCCACUUCAUCGCCCCCAAAAUCUACUGCUGUGGGGCUGGAGUAGCCGCGGACGCCGAGAUGACCACGCGGAUGGUGGCGUCUAACAUGGAGCUACACACGCUGUCCACGGGCCGCGAGCCCCGCGUGGCCACUGUCACGCGCAUCCUGCGCCAAACGCUGUUCCGGUACCGGGGCCACGUGGGGGCGUCGCUGAUCGUGGGGGGCGUAGACGUGACCGGGCCGCAGCUCUACGGCGUGCACCCCCACGGCUCCUACAGCCGUCUGCCCUUCACGGCUCUGGGUUCCGGCCAGGACGCAGCCCUGGCGGUGCUGGAGGACCGGUUCCAGCCGAACAUGAUGCUGGAGGCUGCGCAGGAGCUGCUGGUAGAAGCGAUCACCGCAGGGAUCCUGGGUGACCUGGGCUCUGGGGGCAAUGUGGAUGCAUGUGUGAUCACCAGGACUGGCGCCAAGCUGCUGCGGACACUAAGUUCACCCACAGAGCCUGUGGAGAGGCCCGGCCACUACCGCUUUGUGCCUGGAACCACAGCUGUUCUGACCCAGGCAGUGAAACCACUGAAUCUGGAGCUACUGGAGGAAACUGUGCAGGCCAUGGAAGUGGAGUGAAGUGGGCUGAGGCUUAGAGAUAGGAACAAGGGGGAAUAAAUCCUGAAAAUAAAAACCCCUAAACAGA